AUUCAUACGGGGGUGUGGCCGGGGUUUGGCAAACCCAUGGCACGGGUUUCCUGUCUGCGCGCCGCCGUUUAUUUAAGACAAGCCGCGGAUGCGCGCUCUCGACGUGUACGAAGAAGCGCUCUUUGGAGGAAGGCGACAGCAUCCCGACAGUGACUGACACUCAGAGAGUAUAAUGGGAGGAGCAGUGGUUGACGACGGGCCUACUGGAGUAAAGGCUCCAGACGGCGGCUGGGGUUGGGCGGUGUUGGCCGGGUGCUUCGUCAUCACGGGCUUCUCCUACGCUUUUCCCAAGGCCGUCAGUGUUUUCUUCAAGGAGCUGAUCCGAGAGUUCAAUGUUGGCUACAGCGACACUGCCUGGAUCUCUUCAAUACUGCUUGCCAUGCUGUAUGGCACAGGCCCCCUGUGCAGUGUGUUGGUGAACAGGUUUGGCUGUCGACCUGUGAUGAUGGUUGGAGGGCUCUUUGCCUCCCUGGGGAUGAUUCUGGCUUCCUUUGCCACAAGUAUCCUACACAUCUACAUCUGCACUGGAGUUAUCACAGGUCUUGGUCUGGCAUUGAACUUCCAGCCAUCUUUGAUAAUGCUGAAUCGGUACUUCAGUGAGAAACGUCCUCUAGCCAACGGCCUGGCGGCAGCAGGCAGCCCCGUGGCUCUGUGCGCUCUCUCCCCACUGGGUCAGUUUCUCCAGGGCCACUAUGGCUGGAGGGGUGGGUUCCUCAUAUUGGGAGGAAUGCUGCUCAACUGCUGUGCCUGUGGUGCCCUCAUGAGGCCCCUGUUGCCUCCCAAGAAGCUCCAGGGUGAGGAGGAAAAAGCUCCUGUGGUCGAAGAAAAGCCCCAAGCAAAGAAGAAACUAUUAGACUUCAGUGUAUUUAAGGACAGAGGUUUUCUCAUCUAUACCAUUGCAGCAUCUGUCAUGGUGCUGGGCUUGUUUGUGCCCCCUGUGUUUGUGGUCAACUAUGCUAAAAUUCUGGGGAAUGAGGACACCAAGUCAGCUCUGCUGCUCACCAUUCUGGGAUUUGUCGAUAUGUUUGCCCGGCCUGCGGCAGGACUCGUAGCAGGCACGAAAUGGGUACGGCCCAGAUCAGUCUACCUGUUCAGCUUUGCUAUGAUCUUCAAUGGGGUCACCGAUCUCGUAGGAUCACAGGCAAACACUUACACAGGUCUGGUGAUCUUCUGUAUCUUCUUCGGUCUGUCAUAUGGCAUGGUGGGAGCACUCCAGUUUGAGGUCCUCAUGGCGAUCGUAGGGACAGAGAAGUUCUCCAGCGCCAUCGGCCUGGUGCUUCUGAUGGAAGCCAUUGCCGUGCUAGUGGGACCUCCUGGAGCAGGUUUCCUCUUGGAUGCCACUAAGCAGUAUAUGUAUGUCUUCCUGUUGGCUGGCUGCGAGGUCACGCUGUCAGCCUUCAUCAUUGCCCUGGGAAACUUCUUCUUCAUUAGCAAGAAACAGGGAGAUCCAGAGGCAAAAAUGGAGAUGGCUGUGACUGCUGCAGAGACGGAGAUGCUCAACCGUGGCAAUGAGAACGGCGAAGGCGAAGAGGAGCCAAAAGAGAAUGGAAAAGCCAGUUCUGUUAAAGUGGAGGAAGAUGUGAACAUGGUGAAGGAGAUUGGGGAGGAGGACAAUGAGACAUCAUUAUGAGUGACAAGACUACUGAUAAGACAAACUGGAUACCAAGAGGGCACACUUAAAAUCUACUGAUGAUGAGAUGGACAGAGGAGCCUCAAAGACAGCUGACCAAUUGAGAUAAUAUUGACCAGUAGUAAGCGUGCAUUAUUAAGAAUGGUAUUACGUGAAAUGGUUCUAAUGCAUUAUGUUGAUCAGCUUCUGGGCGUUACCGUUAUCCUGGAGACAAAGACUCAGCAUACACUCGAAUACAGCAAAAACAGGUAUUAAUUUCCUGACAAGUACCAGCUUUUCUGGGCAAGAUAACUUCUCUGCCCAUCUACUCAAAGAUGUAGAGCAUCUAAAGAACAAAAUAAUUAAUUGUGGUACCUUUCUCUACACUUUACUUUAAAGCUGGAUAUCUUCUACAUUCAGGGAUCAUGAUUCCAAAUAAUCUGAGAACCAUUUAGGUUCACAUAUAAAUUUGCUCUGGACCUUUCUAUUACAUCUCACAGCCUUUGUCAGCAGAAGGUGCGUGGUCAUGGUUUGUCAUGGAGAGGAUUGACUUCACCACGUGAGCUACUGUAAACAGAGUGGCCUGUCUUCAGGGUGUGAAAGUAGAUACCUGAAUGGGAUGGAUGGACUCAGUGUGACUUGAAGGCUGUGACCUGCAUCCAUUAGUUUUAUUUAUUGCAACUAUUUAUUGACAACCCACUUUAAAAACUUUAAAAAGUUAAAAAUGUAUUUACGGUUAUAUGGCGGCACUCAACGUGAACCCCAAGAGCUGAACUACAGCGUAUGAUGUAGCGUAAUGUAACAGAAGCCUUUGUUGUGUGUUCUGUGAUUGCUGUGACACUUAGAUUUGUCUCUGGGACACUUCAGCAAACUUGAAGUACGUCCCACUGCACUGAUGAAUGUAUUUUGCCUACUCUGUCUUUGGUGCCCUACAAGGUCUGCUUAAUGCUGCAAAACUGUUACCAUGUCAGAUACUGUAAAGUGUGCUCUAUGUCUUGUGUUCAUCUGUUCAACUGAAAGCUAAACAGACCAACACUGGGGAGAAACCACAAUCUGCUUGGGUGAAGAAGCACCCACCUGUUGCACUUCUACUGCCAUUUUCCUGAGUGACGUCUCACACGUCAGAUACAUGUUAUGCGUGUUUUUUGACCCCAACAAAUAUAUUUUCUGUGGAUAAAGCUUUGUA